AUUUUAGAUUUGACUUUUAGCAAUUAUUGAGUCACGCUUAUUUUUAUCUGAAUUCAGUUUGUUCUGGGGUAGAUAACAGUAUAGCGAGGUCUGCUCUCCUGCUAUUUUAUUGAUAGUUAAGUAUUAUGGCAAAUUAUUUGCAUUUUAUUUCAUUAGGGCUGGUGUGCCUCUUAAGUGGUUUAAAGUGUGAGGAGGAACAGAAGGGCAUUGUCAUAAAAUUAAACCGACAAAAGACUGCUUUUGAACAACACAUCAACAAUGCAGACUUUCUUAAAAAGUAUGGUAUUGACAACAUUGAUUGGCUGCAUAAAAAUCAUCAUUAUGGUGGUGGACCUAGAACGAAUGAUUCUAUAUCUUUGAAAAGAUAUAUUGAUAAUGAAUUUUAUGGUACUGUAGUGAUCGGCCAUCCUGGCCAAACCAUUAAUGUGGCCUUCGAUACCAGCUGGUCCUUAUCCUGGGUGAUGUCUUCUGAAUGCGGAUUUAGACAUGUUGGCUGCUGGUUCCAUAAUAAAUACGAUCAUUCCAAAUCAUCCGAAUACAAGCCGGACAAUCGUCCCAUAGUGAUCCCAGAAGGGAAGUACAACCUCAGCGGAUAUUUCUCUUACGACAACAUUUCAAUCAGUCAUUCGAACGUGACGAAAUUCUCAUUUGCGGAAAUGAACGAGCUGCCCUACACCUUUUUGUUCAGUAAAGUGGACGGGGUGUUGGGUCUGGGGCUGCAACAAGACUCUUACGAGCCAUUUUUCUACGCUUUAGUGAGACAGAAAAAAAUCGCUAAUAAAGUAUUUUCGGUUUAUUUAAACAGGGAUAAACAGUCCUCGCAAGGCGGAAAUGUGAUUCUGGGUUAUAUCGAAAAACGGCAUAUCCAUUCGCAUCAAGAUGAAAAUAAGAAUAAGAUUUACGAUCCGAUUAAAUAUAUGCCCGUGAAGGCUUCUCCUUAUUGGAAAUUCGAUCUAGAUACGGUCUACGUCAACAUUCAGACCAAAGACCAAAAGCCAUUAGUAUUUUGUAAUAAUGCGAAAUGUACAGCGAUAACCGACACCAGUUCGAAUAACAUCUUGGGACCCAGGGCUGAAGUUAACGCGAUCCAUAAAGCGAUCGGUGCCAAAUCAUUUUUUAUGGAUAGAUAUUUUGUUGACUGCGACACUAUUAAUAAACUACCCGUUGUCGAAAUUACUAUUGGAGGCCAAAAUUUUACUUUAAAAGGCCGCGAUUAUACCGUAAAAUUAUCUUACUUUGCAUUAAACCUUUGUCUCUCCGCCUUCGUACCAGCCGAUUAUAACGAUUUUUGGGUAUUGGGUGGCGCUUUUCUUAGCGAAUACUACACUAUCUAUGACGUAGAAAAUAAGCAAAUUGGCAUUGUUAAGGCGGCAUAGGUGUGAAAAUACAAUUUUAUUAAGUUCGUAUUUAAUAAUAUGUAAAAUUAGCUAGCAUUUAUAUUUUUAGUUUGAAGUGACCAUAAUCGAUUAUGAACAUUAUUGUAAUAUUUCUUUAUAUAAGUUUUUUUGAUAAAAAUAAAAUUUUAUUCACGGCA